UCCUCCUCCGGUCCUCAGACCUCCUCAGACCUCCUCCGGCCUCCCUUCCUCUCCGGUCCGGACCGAGGCCAGCGGACCCAAACGCCGCAGCUGUCGGACGGGAACAUGGGACCCGCGGGGCGCACGGGCCCCGGGCUGCUGCUCCUGCUGGUCCUGGGCCUUCAGCACUCCUCAGGCUUCUGGAUCCUCAAUGUGGUGUUCCCUCCUAACGCCAAACCUGUGGUCACUAACAACAGCACUCCACCGCUCAUCAUUGUUCCAGGGAACUUGGGGAACCGUCUGGAAGCUAAACUCAACAAACCCCAGCUGGUCCACUGGAUGUGCUACAAAACCACGUCCACCUGGUUCCCCCUGUGGAUCGACCUCAACAUGUUCAUGCCCAUCGGUGUGGACUGUUGGAUCGAUAACAUCAGACUUGUUUACAACAGGACGACUCGGCGCUCGUCCAACUCCCCAGGGGUGCAGGUCCGGGUGCCAGGCUUCGGACAGACCUAUCCCAUCGAGUUUCUAGACGGCAGCAAACUGGUUGGUUAUUUCCACACCAUGGUGGAGCAUUUGGUCAGUGUGGGCUACACCCGCAACGAGACGGUCCGAGGAGCGCCCUACGACUGGAGAUUAGCCCCGAAUGAAAACCCAGAGUACUUCACCAUGCUGCAGGAGCUGGUGCAGGACAUGUACGAGCAGUACCAGGAGCCCGUCUACCUGCUGGGACACAGCAUGGGCUGCCACUACGUCCUCUACUUCCUCAACCACCAGCCUCAGGCCUGGAAGGACAGAUACAUCCGAGGAUUCAUCUCCCUGGGGGCGCCAUGGGGGGGCGCUGUCAAAACACUCAGAGUCAUGGCUUCAGGUGAAAAUGACGGCAUCCCCAUGAUUUCCAACAUUAAGAUCCGUGAAGAGCAGAGGAUGACGACCACCAACCCCUGGAUGCUGCCGUCGGAGGAGGCCUGGUCCAAAGACCACGUCUUCAUCUCUACUCCGACCUUUAACUACACCAACAGGGACUACGAGCGCUUCUUCAAGGACAUCGACUUUGAGGACGGCUGGCACAUGUGGGAGGACACCAAGAACCUGACCGGAGAACUCCAGCCUCCCGGUGUGGAGGUCUGGUGCAUGUACGGCGUAGGACUUCCCACUCCGGUAACGUACAUUUAUGACAAGGGCUAUCCCAACACGGACCCGGUGGACUUUGUUUACGCCGACGGGGACGACACGGUGGACAGUUUCAGCAUGAGCCUGUGCAAACGCUGGGGGGGGCAGCAGGAGCAGCCGGUCCACGUCACAGAGUACAGGGGGAUGCCUCACCUGGACAUAGUGUUCCACGAUAAAGUCCUCCAGCAAAUCCAGAACAUUCUAGACGGCAAAUCAGAAACGCCCAGUGAGAUCGACAUCAGAUUUGACACUUAAUAACAGACGCCGGCACGGAACACUUUCAGAAACA